UUGCUCCCCCACCUCCUGGAGCAGUUGGAGUUUUGUCAGAAGUCUCUGUCCGGCUACCUGGAAAAGAAGCGCUUGGUUUUUCCUCGUUUUUUCUUCGUUUCUGACCCUGCCCUGCUGGAGAUUCUGGGCCAAGCCUCUGACACGCACACUAUACAGGCUCAUCUUCUCAGUCUGUUCGACAACGUUAACCGAGUUGUUUUCAACGAGAAAGUCUACGACCAGAUCGUCAGCUUUCAGUCUCAGGAAGGAGAAACUGUGGAGCUGAGCCAACCUCUGCUGGCACAGGGGAACGUGGAGGUGUGGCUGUGCGAGUUGCUAGCGGGCGUGAGGCAGACGCUCCACGCCAUCAUCCGUCAGGCCCACCUGGCCGCCAGCGACCCCGCCCUGAAGCUGCUGGACUUCCAGGCGGCGUUCCCCGCCCAGGUCGGGCUGCUGGGCAUCCAGAUGAUCUGGACCAGGGACGCAGAGGAGGCCCUCGUCCUCAGCAAGUCUGACAAGAAG